CAGGCGGGAGGCGCAGCGAGAAGCGACAGAAGCAAAAGAGGAGGUGAAGUAGAAGGAGGUGCAGAGAACAGAGGAGACCGACGAGCAGCAGCAGCAGCACCGCACACCACGAAGACCCAGGAGGAGAAAGUAGGAGCCGCAGGAGGAGGAGGUGCAGGACCGCUGCGGCCUGGAUGGAGCCGCAUUUUUUUGCGCAUAUUUAAAUAAUAUAUUUUUUCUUUUUUUUUUUUUGCGUUUUUUUCUUUUUUUUUUUGCGGGAAAUGUGCGGCACCUCUCCAACUUCGUGUGCGUGCUCGCCUGCGUGAGUGCGUGCGUGUGCGGUGUCCGAGUGUCCUGUGUGUCUCUUCUCCUCCUGCAGCAGGGGGACAGGGGAGGAGGAGGAGGAGGAGGAGGAGAUGGGAGGAAGCUGCUCCUCCAGGAGCCUCGCUCUCUGCCUCGCUCUGCACAUCAUCUCUGUGUUGCAGACGGUGUUGGUCAGUGCGGGUCAGUGUGACUCGGUCUUCAAAGGCUUCUCAGACUGUCUUCUUCAGCUGGGAGAGAACAUGGCCAGUUAUCCACAGGACCUGGACGACAGGGAGAACCUGCACAAGAUCUGCACAUACUGGGAUAAUUUCCAUUCAUGUGCCACGACGGCGCUGGCCGACUGCCAGGAGGGGGCCACGGACCUGUGGGAGAAACUGAAAACGGAGUCCCGCAACCUGGAUUUCCGCGGGAGUUUGUUUGAACUGUGUGGCAGCGGUAACGGAGCACCGGGAUCCUCCGACUCCAGGGGCCUCGCCUUGGUCCUCAGCACGCUGCCCACCAUACUGACUUGGCUGGCGUUUUAACACAGAGAAGAAGAAAAAUCACCAAGGGAAAAUAGGAAGAAAAUAGAGGCAAAAAAUAAAAACAAAACAGAGAAGAGAAGAGAAAAAGCGUCCUGGCUGCUCUGAGAACACUGAACACACGUCACUGACCGAGUCCACACGUCAUCAAACUGUUCCCCAACUUGGAUUCUAAUCCUGACAUCAUCACUCUACAGCGGCAUCAGGCCGCGGCCUGCGUCGCCGUCUCAGGACAUCUGCAGGCUUGCGCCCCGGCAGUGCCUCGUCCAAUCACAGGCUGACCUGACCCCGGUCGAUGGCAUGAAAUAUUCAACAGGUCGUUGAGCUGAAACGAUGACAAUGAUGAAAAUUUGAUGGAUUCUCGGCCCCCGCUUGCAGUCGUGGAAUUACAACAGUAUUAAAGUUGACCCUGAAUUAUUCAUGUUCAGCGGCUCGGUCCAGACAGCUGCUGCUGCUGCUGCUGCUGCUGCUAACACGCUAGCAGUAUACAUAUAUUUAUAUAUAUUCACAUUCCAUCCUAGCCCCAGGUAUCUGUGAGUUUAGCCCUGUGAAAUCAAUAAGACAAAAUCACGGCCUGGAGUCAGUCACAGAGCGCUAACCUCAUUUACAUCACACACACUUUUUCUUUUCUCCACGUGACGUAAGUAAGUUUGGACAGUGAAGAUGUGGUUCUUUCUUGGUAAAAAAAUGUUGUUUUUUUUCUGUACAGGUGACAUUUUACAGUUUUAUUUCCUGACUCUAACGCAGCAGCUCACAGUUGGCCGCGAACCCUGCAUGUAUUUGAGUUUACAGUGUUUUACGUUAGGUGUCAAACACCAUUUUCCUACACCACACAUCUUUUAAAUAAAUCCCCCCCGGCUCUGAAGGUGACAUAGGCUAGCGGAGCAACAGCGCCUCCUGUUUUUGUUAAACGUAACUGUAAAACGUGCAUGAAUUCUGUCAGUUCAACUCAAUCAUUUCAGGAGGUGAGCACACACUGGCAUGUUUUGCUCUAAGACUAUGGAGGAACAGCAGUCGUGACCGUGUAUGCUGGUCCGACCUUGGUCCCGCAAUUAAAACGAAGGCAGCUAUACGUUUAGCUUUAAGUUUAGACGUGUUAGCGUAACGUUGCUGGUGGUUGACUUAGUCAAAGCACAUUCAAAGCACAAGUCAAUAUAUAACCACAUGACGGAGCAGGUAGAACAAAAAUAUAAAGCAAGUCAUUUAGCAGCAAAAGCAAAAAGGAUGGCUAAUGGUUUCAUGUAGCUUAAACAUAUGUGUGGUGUUUGCUACCAGUUCACAAAACUGUUAUCAAUCAAAGUUCAGAAAAGUUCCAGAGAAGAAAAGCGUUGAAUUAAACAGUUGUGACAAUAGCAAACGAUUCAUUUUACUGGAUAUAACAAAUGGAUUUGGGUUCGUUGUCGUAGCUAACUGUACCCUGUCUCAGUCAUUUAGCAGUUUAGCUUGGCCUAGAGAUGAGCUUACCUGCUAAAAGGAAUAGUUUGUUGUACACCAGCUGGGUUGUCUUAAAACAAGCUAAUCGUGUCUUUUAGCUUUAGGUUAGCAACAGGUAACGUUGGUCUAAUUAACAGUUUGGUUUAGUGGAUAAACCAAAAUAGACCAAUAUAUAUGAACAAGUAAACACCUAAUGUUCUUCUGCUAACAGUUUUAGCUGCACUCUCAACGCAGCAGCUAAUGACUCUGGAGUUAGCAUGGUCUGCUAACUAAGGCUAACUAAGUCAAGGCUAGCAAGUGUCGAUGGGACAAAUGAGAGAAGGAGUUUGCAUUAACAGUCUAACUAACAGUGGACAUAUGAGUCAAAACCAUUAACAUUUUAUACAAUUUAGUUUUUAGCAUAAAAUCAGAUGAUGUCAAAAAAAAAUUGGUUGGUUUAAAUCUGACCGCAGCCAUGAGGUGAACGUAGCAUGUAGCUAAGUUUACUGUUCCAUUCACAGAACUAUUUUCCUGUAUUUAGAUCAGUGUAACUUUUUCAUUCAGGUGAAGUCUUUUGAGUUUUACCUUGUUGUUGUGCUCAUUUCCUGAAAUCUUUUCAAGUUUAAAAAGAAGAAAAACAUUUUAGUUUCCUCAGUUUUCUUGGUCUCAGUAAAAAUGUGUUGGAAAAAAAAAUAUUUCUGAAGGCCAACAGCAAUACAAAGCAGUGACUUCUUGGCCAGUGUAGCUAAAACAAUAAUAAUAACAAUAAUAUGAAUAACAAUAAUAAUAAUAAUAAUAAUAAUAAUAAAACCGUGGCUGGAGAGCGAUACGACUGUUGUCAUUUAGCACACCCCCCUUUUUCAUGUGCCAGUGAUUCACACUAGAGGAGCUUUGAGGUGAUAUUUAUAUAUAAAUAUAUAUAAUAUAUAUUUUAGGUCUGUAUGUUUAGAAAAUGCUGACAGUCCAGUAGCGUCAUAAACCACACAAAGACAGAAAAUAAAUCAAUCUGAGCUUUCUUUAUUCCCAGGCUGAGGCACAAACACGGUUCCUGAGUGAUAUGUAUUUUGUUUGUUUGUUGGUCGGUCGGUUUGUCUCUUUGUUUGUUUAUGGGGAUGUUGCUUAAAAAAAAAAAAAAAAA